CAAACGUAAGGUUUCUUAUUUUUGUCUUGCUUGUAUAAACCAACCAGGAUGGCAACCGCUAAGCAAUCAAAAAAGGAUCCAGUGGAUAUUGUUCAUCAGAAUGCAAUUCACGUGGAGACCAUAAAGAAAGAGAACAGGAGCCAAAAACUCUACACGAAUUUUAGCAUCAACCCUUUUAAAACGCUUCACGUGUUCACUGACAAACCUACGACAGGCUAUACCCACGACAAUGUCGAAGACCCUGCUUUCAUAAAGGCCCUCCACGAUGCUCGUUUGGAGCCAACCAAGAAAUACGCCUACCCCCAAACCGAGAGCCAGGAGAUUGGCUGGAUAUCCACACCUCUGAUUGUUUCAGAUCGCAGCGAUAGGCGAGUGAACUGGCCGCGACAGAACUCGGAGAUCACCAAAUACAUGGAUGCUGCAUGGCGACUGAAGGAACAAACACAGAACCUGGGCUAGAUGUUUUGUUCACUACAAGCGGUCCACAACGCUCUAUUUUGAUAAUAUUGGCCUCUUUGCUGGAUAUAAAAAAAUAUAUACUUUGAAAGUAUUGCUUGAAUAUGAAGACAAAACGCAAUGUAACAGGGGUACACACUAGCAAAUAGACCGCCAUAUGUGAAGGUCAUUACAAAUAGAAGU